AAAAAGAAAAAUCAAAUCAACAUCACAUUGUUAAAAAGUAAAUCCAAUGGAAAAUGAUGACGAUGAUGUUUUACGUAAACAACAGCUUUAAAAGCAACAACAACAGAAACUAUAGUAAUACUACAACAGCAGAAGUGACUGCCAGCAGCUGUAGGAGUAUAAAUAGUUGCAAUAGUUGUUGUAUUGGCAGUAAUGUUAACAAUAAAAUAACGUUGAAACAACAAAAAAUUUAUAAUAUUGAAAGGACUGAUAAUGUAAACAUUAAAGACAGCAGCAACAGCAUAAACAACAACCACAGCAGCAACAUUAGCGACAAUUACGACAACAGAAAACGACAAAGCGUUACAAACUUAAACGAUAAUGAAGAUGAGAAUCUAAAAAAUCAACAUUAUUGCAGCAGCAAUGACACUAGUUACACAACAACAGAAACAGCUCAACAAUGUUUAAAAUUAACGACAACAACAGCAGCAACAAAUAUUAGAAAUCGAGGGAAUAGCAGCAAUACAACAACAUCGUCAGCGUCAUUAACACAACAACAACAGCAACGGCAAAGGAGGUGUUUAAACGACAACCACAACAACAACAACUAUAGCCACAUUAUUAUUAGUAGUAGUAAAAACAACAAUAGCAGUAGUAACAGCACCAGUAGUAGCAGUUGCCAACAAAAUUGUUUUCGUUGUAGUUUUCAUAAUAGCAAAACAGCAGCAGCAACAACAGCGAACAAUUUCUGUUGCACAUCAACAACAACAUCAUCAUCGGUAUCAUCAUCAACAACCUCGACCCGUAAAUGUAAAAAUUUUAGCCUUAAAGCAACUACUGGCAACAGUAGCAGCCAUCAACCCCAUUCACGUCGUAGCAUUAGUAGAAAUAUCGGUGUUAGUAGUGGUGGUGUUGGCCGUGGUGGUAUCAUAUUCAACGUCCAUAACAUCAUUAGCCUUUUUGGCCUUCAGCUGUGUUGUCUCCUGCUGUUGCGGCUAACACAUUUAGCCACUGGUCUUGCUGUUGGUGUAGACUCAACAAAUGCAAAUCUCACAGAUUUGGGUAGUCCCGGUUGUUGCAGUUUAUAGUUGGAUUUUUGUAAAUGGAUUGGUUUGGUUUGGUCCUUGGGUGAAUGAUAGCAGCUACAUACAUACACUAAUUAGUAGAGAGCAGUUUUAAAGUGUAUGACAAUGCAAAAUCAUUAUUAUCGUCAUCAUCAUCAUCGUUGUUGCAUCAUCAAAGUCUUUCUUCAUGAUAAUAUUUCAAUAAUUUCUUUUAUUUUCAGCCAAUUACUAAUUAUUCUCUCCUUUACAGCUUAUUUUAAUAAAUUUAAAAAUUUUCACAUUUUUUUGCAGCUUAUUUAAUUAAAUUCUUUAUCAUAACCUUUUAAUAUUUUACAGGUUUUAAUGAAAUUUACUGAACUGCUGUUUAUUUACGCACAUAUUUACUAAUAAACGUUCACUUUUUUUUUUUUCUUGUGCAUAUUUUCAGUUAUUAAAUUAGUACAAAUUUUAAUUAAAUAUUUAUUAAACAUUUCUAGUUUAUUUAAAAUUUCCAGGUAUAAUAUUAAUUUCAUUUUAAUUUUCAGUCGUGCAUACAUAGUUAAAAUUUAAUUUGUGGAGGAAAUCUGGUUGAAACUCAAAAAAACGCUAAACGUGGAAAAUAGAAAAUUAUAUUUAAUAUUAAUUUUAUUUUCAGCUAAUGACGGUUAAAAUGUUUUUAAUGGUUAAUUUAAAUUUAAAUUCAAUUUUUUUCCUAUUUCAGGCCACAUUUUCUAGUCAUUAAUUAUUAAUUAUUUAAAUUUUUUUCUCUUUCUUUCUUUUACCAACAAUUAGCUACAAUUUUAAUGGUGGUUUCAUAUGGUGUUUAAAGGAUUGUAUUCUUGAUACAUACAUACAUGGCUAAUUAAGGAUUAAGGACCUUUAUGACUGUAAUAUUUACAUAUAUAAUUUAUUUAAAAAAUUUUAUAUACAUAUAUUUCUCAAAUUUCAUAAAAUUCUUUAAGAAAUAUUUUUGUUAUAUUCUCAGAUUUUUUAAAGCUUAUAAAACUUUUAGUUUAGAAAUUAUAUAUAUAUUUUUUUUUAAUUUUCAUUUAUUAUUUUGCUUUAUAAAAUGAUUGUUAAUAAA